AUGGCAUUCUCAGCCAAGCUCACCCUAUUCGUCUCGUUUGCCGUUCUCCCGUUGGCAUUUUUAGCCGUUCGAGACCAGAAGCCUCUUUCUAACUCCUGUCGCUGCUUCCCCGAUGACCCCUGCUGGCCCACCGGAGAUGAGUGGCAGACUUUUAACCAAUCCAUCGCCGGUAAUCUGAUUGCUGUUGAUCCGAUCGGUAGUGUUUGUCACACAAAUGGCCCGUGUGGCGCCUACAGCAGCCAAGAAUGCGCUGAUCUGCUCGCCCGCUGGUCCAUUCCGGCCACGCACUCCGAGACCGCGACACCCCCCUGCACCGUGGGGCCUCUGGCUCGCUACGCGGCGAAUGUUACCUCGGCUGACGAGGUGCGCAAUGUCCUUAACUUCACACAGCGACACAACAUCCGCCUCGUUAUCCGCAACACCGGCCACGACUAUAUUGGGAAAUCCACUGGCCCAGGCUCCGUGGCCUUGUGGACGCACUAUAUCAAGUCCAUUGACUACGUGCCCAAGUAUGAGUCGGACGAGUACACUGGUCCCGCCAUGCGGAUUGGAGCCGGCGUCCAGGGCUUCGAGGCUCAGAAUACGGCUCACGAGAAGGGAUUCACGAUCGUGACGGGCCACUGCCCGGACGUGGGUAUCGCGGGUGGCUAUACCCAGGGUGGGGGCCACGGGCCAUUAGCAUCGCGCUACGGGCUGGCUGCAGACCAAGUACUGGAGUGGGAGGUAAUCACAGCCGCCGGGGACGUCCUGACGGCAUCGCCCGUGCAGCAUGCUGAUUUAUACUGGGCCUUGAGUGGGGGCGGCGGAGGCACCUACGCCGUCGUCCUGUUUAUGACCGUCCGGGUCUAUGCGGAAGAGCAAACAGCUGUCGCGACGCUCUCGUUCACCGCCGCCGCCACAACGCUCGAACGCUUCUGGAGCGUGAUCCGCACGUACGCCGUGGAUAUUUUGCCCCUGUUGGACGCCGGCGGCACGGCCCUCUGGCUGGUCUUUCCCCCGUCUCUUGCGGGGGGGUCGUUAAUGUUUAAUGCUGGGCCACUAACUCUCCCAGGGGCUGGGAAGAAGGAGCUGCACGCCCACCUAGCCUCGACCUUGCGAGCUCUGCAGAAACACAACAUCACCUAUAACUACUCGCUUAAUGUCUUCCCAACAUACCAUGCUGCGGUGGCAGAAACAGCCGUCAACAUCACCGAGAUGAACAUCGGCGGCCGUCUGAUCCCUCGGUCAAGUGUGGAGUCUAACCCCGAUAGCUUUAUUUCCGCCAUUCAGCACAUUAUUGGCUCCGGGGCUGCUUUCUCUGGCUUCUCCAUGAACGUCCAGCCUGCCCACGACCGGCUAUCCGCUAAGAAUGCCGCUAAUCCUGCCUGGCAGGAGGCUACGAUGUCUGCGGUAAUUGGACUCCCAUUUAACUACACGAACCGCCAAGUCGAUCUGGAUAACCAAAAGCUCAUCACCAGCUCCUUGAUCCCUGUUCUCGAGGCUUUAACUCCCCGGGGCGAGAUCAGUGGCGCAUACCUUAACGAGGCAGAUUUUAACCAACCGGACUGGCAGUCAGCCUUUUACGGCGCCAACUAUGACCGCCUGCAGGAAAUCAAGGAUAAAUAUGAUCCGGAUCAGGUCCUGUACGCACGUACCGCAGUGGGGAGUCAGCGAUGGGUGGAGCAUGAGGAUGGUCGCUUGUGUCGGGCUGCUUGA